AUGUGCAAAUCGCCAAUGGUCGCUGACGAGGCAAAUCGGGAUCCGGACAUACUGGAAGACUUGGUAACAGAUUUGGAUCCAAGCGCAAUAACUGAUGUUGAUUUAUCGCCACUUGUUGCUUCUAGCUCAUUUUCGGAUUUUUCGUUCAGUUCGUUCGACGAAAUUGGAGACGUGGCGAAGAAGAAGUCUCAGACAAAGAAACCUGUUGAGGAAAAAGAAAGAAAACGACGUGGUAGAAAACCAAGACGUCAACCCAGUAAUGUUUGUCGUCAAAAAACUCAGCAAAACAACCUGAUGGAGACAUUGAAAGAAUUGAAAAGAGAUUGUUAUCGGUUUGAAAAGGAAAGGAAGUGGCGCGAUAAGCUAAAUCAUUUGCUCAAGUUCAGAAGCGCUUCAAAGAGUCGUAGAGUAAGAAGGCGGAAGAACAGUGACGAGUUCAGCAGCAGUGUGAAAGUGUUAGCAGAUGCUCUGAAAACUCACGUGCGACCAGAAUACUUGCACAGCAUAUUAGAAGAAUAUGCCAUUAAACUUGUCAAAGUGGGUGAAGAAUUGACUGCAUCAGGAUUAAAGGUGACGGAAUAUAUUCGUCUUGCAUUUGAAUGUUAUGGAAUUUCAACUUUAUUACACCCUGUUGAGUGA